GCUCAGAGUUGUGCAACGUAUUGCUUUCAAUCAAACAUCGUUGGAGUACCUGAGUUCAGGAGAGGACCGACACAACACGAGUGAGUUGUUUGUUUUGAUUGAGACAAAAUGACAGAAUUAAGCGUUAACAACUCCUCUGUUUAUGGCUUUAUGUGACUGAGCAGAUGAGGUCUGACUGGAUUGGCUAUCAGUGGCAGGUUAGCUUACUUGAAUGUUAGCAUAUGAAGUUAGCUGAAAGGAUGAUGAUGAUGGUGAUGAUAAUGAUGAUGAUAAUGACGAUGAGCCCUUCACUGUCAAAUUAAACGUCGACGAUAAACAUUUCAUCUCACCCACAGAUGUUGAGGCAAAGAAAAACAGAAGUUUUGUAAAGUCAAUAAACAUGUUUACCUUGCAGCUGCUUGAGUGUAGCAUUCAAUAACUGUGUCUUUUAAGAAAAUGAUAAAAACACGAAGAGUUUAAAACAUGAUUAAGUUUGGUAUUUUGCUUAAAGGCGGUUUUUGGUCAUUCCUCGGUUGUGUCAAAGCUGCUGUACGCGCAUUUGGAGGCGAAAUGUUGUGUAACGCUAAUUUCCAACAUACACCUCUGUACCUGAAGUAGCACAAUUUAAAUAAUUUAACUAACAAAUGUUAAGGUCAAUUUCUUUUCCUAAACAGAGUGCCCUUAAAUUAUUUUUUCUCCUCUAAAUCAUUUUUUUGUUGUUAAUGUUCAUCCAACAUCAAAAUGGGAGGUAGUCAACCAAAUUACUGUUUUAUUACCCUGAGUGCUUUUAAAGUUAUACAUUAAUUCACCUAAGGGAUGUGAAACUAACCAUUACGCCCUUGUUGUGCACCACAGACCUUGAAGGUGGCAUAUUUAGUAAGUUAAUGAACAGGAUUGUUCCACAGAUUUAAAAUGAAAAUAGCAGAGUAAAUGUGACGUUUGGUCUUUUAUCUUUAUCUUUUAUCGGUCAUCUCUUAUCUCUUUUACCUCUAUCUUAUUUCAGCUUUACUGUCUUUUUAACUUUUUUCAUAUUUGUAUUCUUUUCUUAAUGAACCUUUAGGCCUUUUAUUGUUUUAUCUCUUGCUCAUUUCUGUUGCUCUAUCUUGUCAUUACUAUUUUUAUCGAGAUUACCUGUUAUUAUUUGAUGUUGAUGUUGCCUUUUAUAUUUACUAUCCUGUUUCCGCUUUCGACCUCCCUUUCAAUUGCAUUUUCCUUUUUUCUUAACUAUGUUAUAUUUUUAUUUUGGUCCUCAUGGUCUCAUUUUACGUUGCAUAGUUCUUGUAUUGUCUGGGUUCCUUAUGGCAUGAAUAUGGCCUUCAAUUCUGUUUUAACUGAGCUUUUUGUUUUAAUCUGUCUUUUUCCAUGUGCUCUAUGACUGUAUGUCAAAGAACUUUGUAAACUUCUGUUUUUAAAAGUGCUAUACAAAUAAAGUUAUAAAUAUUAUUACAUGUGUCAGGAUUGUUGGAAGCCUGUCUUUAUAAGACUAUUUACUGUUUCUCUUGUCAACUUGAACUGAUGGGCCACAUAUAAUAAUUUCUCCUCUAUUCACAUGUUAAAGAGCAUCAUAUUCCACCAUUUUAAAUAUGAAAGCCUCACUUGGAUCCUGUUGUUAUUCUAAGUUUGUCAGAGAAUUAUUCCUCCAACAUGUUGGACAAGGCCUGACCCAGCUCUGUAGACAUGCGACUCUGUUAUAGCUUAACUUAUCUUUUCGUCACUGAGGUUCCCAUCUCACCCCUGACCCCUGUGAGCUGAAGCAGCACUCUCUGGCUGUUGGCAGGCGUGCUGCCUCAGUUAGUGCUGGUUGAAGAUAAGGUAGAAUAAUCAUAAUUACCACUGUGAAAGUGAUAAAACAGCCAAUGUUGCUCCAGAAGAGAGAGCUACUACCUAUGCUCUACACCUCAAGCUAUGAUUUUCUCUACUCUAACGCUGUGAGGUUUUCUUUUUAGGGACAAUUUGUGCUGUUCGUUUAGUGACCCAGUUUCACACAGAUCAAUCCUCUUUGAUGUUUUUCUUUUUAAGGUGAGAGGCAUCACUGUGUUCUCUGACUCAGUCUGGAGUUUUAUUGACUCAUGACUUUCCUAACUUUCCUUUGUCUAAAUGUCAAAGCUUUGUCAACAGGAGGUGAUAAUGUUGUGUUUAAUUUUGUAGAUAAAUGUGAAUAGAUUUGAGUCAGUUGCUCAAUUCGCUGCUUGAUACACUUUUUGUGUGGAACAUUACAUCUGUAUGGUGUGAGAGUAGCGAACUGAAGCGCAGGCGGCCCUGCUCUGUUCACUCCCCCUAAGCUGGUUGGCUGCUUUUGAAGUAGAAGUCACUGCUGGUUGGUCAGUUUAGGAGGAGUUAAAGCAUUCGCUUCAUCACCUAUAGAAACUCACAUGUACUUCCAAGGGGUGAAAGCAGGUUUGGUUGUCUUUGCAGAAAAAGUCAGGCAAUGCUUCAAAUAAAAGACCACGCAGACAGGAGAAUGUUUGUUUUUAUGUCAUGCUCACUGAAUACUGACAUCACUGAUAAAACCUACAUUAUCAGCUGCCACUAUCGUAGAUAUUUGCUGGCCAACCUCAGUUUAUGAACUUGCAUGUUUCCUACCUGCUGUAAAGUCUAAUGCACAGCCCAAUAAUAAGGUUCAAUUUUAUUUGAAGCUGCUGAAGUUGGAAAAAAUCUUGCAGAAUUAUCCAGAUUGCAAUGUUAAGUGCUGGUAUGUAAUGCUGUAUAGGUUCAGUCAGGUGUGUCCUCUCUUAAUCUUAAUAAAUAUUGAUUAGAUAGCAGUGACAACAGGAGCUAGUUUUCAUUUUCUUUGUUAAUUUCUUUCUGUUGAUCUGUCUGAUUUGUUCUCAGUAUCUGUAAACUAAAAUUUUUGCCCCAUUGCAGAAUUCUAAUGAACAUUUUUUGUCACAGUGUCAACAAGCAAAGAGGAAUAAACACUGUGCAAUUUUCAUCCCUAGUUGUAGUCCUACUUUUCAUUGCAUCAGUAUAAAAAUGUUUGUUGGGCAUCAUCAUCAGUAAGACAUGACAGAUGUUUCUUUCUCAACAUUUAUAGAGCCCUUACUGGCAUCUUAACAUCAUAAACCACUUCCUUAUUAAAUUGCUCCAGCUGUCAUUGUCUGACUGGCUCAAACUGUUGGCUAAUGCACCAAAUCUGGCAUGCAAACACUAAAUUUAGUGAAACUGUUUUUAGUUUUUGCCCUUGGCACUCCAGGGAAAUUUCACAGUGUACUGUCAAACUCAGCAGAAUUUCCCUGGUAGCUUGGUUUGGAGCCAUGAAAGCAGAUUACACAGUCCCUAAAAGAAUCUGUUUGAGCUAUAAUCUGCUAUUAGCUGCCCCUUUUCUAGUUUCUUAUUCUAUUAUCUGCUUGCCUUUUUUUUAAAUGAUCAUAUUAUUGAAAACAAUGACACACUUGUGUACAUGAGUGAACUAAAUGUCUGUAUAUUGUUGGCAUAAAAUCAUGUGUGAUUACAGUCUGUUUGGUGAAAGUUGCACUUUCAGUUUGUUUUUGUGUGUUAUAUUUGAUCACAGAAAUACAAACUGUCUUUGUUAGAUGCUUUGUGUGGUUAAAAUGAAAUAUUUGUCUCCUCUCAGAAUAUCAGUGCAAUGCUGCUCCUCAGAUGCUGCCACAGCUUGACUCGGUUUAGCCCUCUCAACACUAAGAGGUAAGUGUUCUUGAACAAAAUUAUACUUUGGCACAUUUUAUUUUACCUGGCCUUUAUUUCUCCUGUAGCUGACAUGGGUUUGAACUGAAUUUAAAGGAACAGUGUGUAGAAAUUGGUAUAUUUAUUGAUACCUAGCAGCCAGAAACACUCCCAUGUUCACCCCUCCUUUUUUGGAGGAGCAAUGGUGGCUUUUGAGGACCAUUUGUUAUUUUUAUACCAUUAAAAAUGCUAUCAGUACAAAUUCUUUUGCAAAAAACAACCACUCUUGUUUUUUGUCCCCCAGCUAGCAAAUUUUGCAUGGCCACUCACUAAAAACAAAAUCAGGUAUGUUAUUAGAUAGUCGAUUCUGUGCUACAGGAGAAAGACAGCCACAGUGGAAGGGACUCUGUAGCUAUAAAGGACUUAUUCUAAAUUAAUGAAAACAAAACAGUUUUUCUAUUCAGAUUGUUAUAGGUUAGGGGGUUUAUAGAAUAGUUUAUGUGUAGUUCUCAGUCUGGUUUGUUUUCCUUAAUUGAUUUCACACGGCUGUCAGCCACAUAACAGGUACAUAUCUGGACCUAGAAAGUCACAUAAGUAGGUCUAACUUUGCUGAAGUAUUUACCUUUUUCACAUGUUUGACUUUGUCUGUAUAAAAGCUGUUUAUUUCACUGAACAUCAGAUAGCCUGCUGAAAUCAUCUGAAUCAAGACUUGAUAGUAGAGCUACUAACUAAGGGCCCAUUUCAGUUUAGUUUUCUAUGGCCCUAAAAGAGGCUUGGCACAUAUUUUUGCACUCUCCACCAGUCCUGCCCGUCCCUCUCCUCCCUGCAAUAGACACACACACAGCUAAUUUCUGCACACUGUACCUUUUAAAAAAAGUAACAUAUCUCAAUAUCUCUAAGACAUGUUCAACUUAAGGUUUGCAGCUGUACUGCAAUAUACAAAUUGACCUAAAGAAUACAUGAAUCAAGCUUUUUCUUGCUUGUGUGUUUUACAGGUAUCAAUUAGCCCCUGUCAUUGCAUCGUGUGCAAUUCGUCUCUGGAGCAGUUACAGCAGUGAGGACCAGAAGUCGCACCACCAUGCUCACAGGCUCAGGUGGAGACAUGCUGUGGCAGGACUGCUGGCUGGGACAGGUGCUGUGCUGGCCUAUGGCCUCCACCACCAUCAGGUGAGCAAGAUAUCAAAGCUGUGGGAAAGAAUCUGAGUCAUUUGUUUUUACACUUCAAGUCUAAAUUAAGGCAAUUAGAUAUGUUUCUAACAAAAAUGUCUAAACACACAUCGUAUCAGUGACCAAUACAUUUUAGGAACAAUCGGCUGACCGGUGUGCUGCUGUUCCCAGUGCACUGUUUGACUGAGAGGCCUCUAUGAUAAUUUCAGUCCUUUUCACAACUGCUGCAAAACUUUCUGCAGAGUUUGCAGUCAGUCACAACCUUUUAUGGCCUUGUUCUUUUUACAGUGGACAGUGUCCACAAGGUCAGCUCAUUUUUCAGGAUUUAUUCCAGCAUUUGAUGUGACUCAAGGUGCAUUCACACCCUGAGCUGAGCUGGAUGUUUAAGCUCUACAGAGAAAAGAAAGAAGGAAGUUUGAACAGAAUUUUUAAAAAACAGGUACUGACAUCUAAUUCCAUCACUGAUAAAAAAAAAAAAAACACAUCAGCAUCUUUACAUGUUGCUCAUACUGAAUUUUCAAAAAAUGUUUUAUUAAGUAAUAGAUAAAGCUCUUCUGAGGAAACUUCCUUUCUUUCUAUGGAAAGUAUAAAUAAAAAACCCGCUGUCAGCAUGCUGUUCAUUGCUUCAUCUGAUACUUAACACGCAUUAAAAAUAACCAUAAAAACACAAUGAAUCAUGUCUCUGAUGGCCUUGUAUGCUGGCAUAGACGAUGUGAACACAUCCUUAUGAAUCCCAGAAUGUUUCAUAACCACCUGAACAUCCUUAUAACAGCUUAAAAUUUAUGAAUUUUGACUUCAAAUUUACUGCAAGUCAAAUUAAUGUCAACAAAAGCAACAUAAAGACACAUUUUCAUCUUUUCAUCUUCUGACACAAUGUAAGUGAGAUUAACUCUCAUUCUUCAUAACUGUCAUGUGCACUAAGAAAACAUUAACUACUCCAGGCAGCAUCUUUUUAUGUAUGUGUAAAUAAUUAACACGAUGACACAACCGUCUCUUUCAAAACCACUGUUGUUGUUGUUUAACUAGUGGUAUAGUAGUAGGAGUGGUACAGAUAGUUCAUGUUUACAGACAUUCACUUUAGUAGGAAGUGCCUCUUCCCCACACACGGAAGACUAUUAAAAUUAAUUACUAUUAAAUAGCCUUGCUGGAGAAACUGUGGAGAACAGGGUGUUGACCAUACCCAUAUCUUUUGGUGCUGCAGGAAAAUAACGAACUACUGGGAAGAAAUAAGUAAAGGAAUAAGAAAAGUAUUAGGUUACGAGCUCCCAAAAAGUACCAGGGCAAUCUUAUGCAGGAAAACAUAUAAACUAAAGACAGAUACUUGACUGAAAUACUUCUUGCAGCAUCAAAGAAGGUCAUCACAAGGAAUUAGUGUAAGGAGAAUCCAUCCAAUCAGAAAACCUGUCUGAACACGGUGGAAGAACUAUGUGAAAUGGAGAAACUUACACACGCUCUAUGACUCCUUUAAGAAAUAAACGCCCUAAAGUGGGAAAAAUUGAAGACAUAUAAAUAUUUUCACAUUACUUAAAAAAAAUGGACAACUUUGAUGGUGGAUACAUGGACAAUUUUCUUUUCUUUUCUGUGAAUGACACCAUGUUUUGUGUUUGUUUGUUUUUAUUUAUAUUUUUCUUUGUGUGACUGUAUGCCUUGUUUCUGUUAUGGUUAAAAAAUGCAAAUAAAAUUUAAGUAAAAAAAAAAAAACUAUUAAAAAUCAUCAAAAGCUCAUUAACAUGCAGCUGUUUCACUAACAAAAGUCCCACUGGUUACCAGAUGACUUAUCUGUUGUUUUCACAACAAAGGCUCUUUAUUGAAGGUAGGAGUCCAAGUGUACUUUUUAGUGUUUUAUAGUGUGUCCAUGUAUGGGUGCAUCCUCUUGUGUCACAUGGUACACAGAAAAUGACAUCUAAGUUCAUCUAUUGUAAGUUGUGUCUUCUAUUUUGAAGAGAAAACGUCAAUACUUGGGAGUGAGAGCGUGGAUGGCUGAGGGGUGGAAUUUAACCCUGACCAUCAGGGGACACACUAUGCCCUAGCAAAACUCGUGCCCUCAGAAUGGAUUUAAUGAGCUCUUUACUGAGAAGGACAGUUUGUGAUUUUAGUCUAUUGCACAACAGAUAUUUGGCUUUUAAUUCUAUUCAGACUAAACUGCUUGGAUACUUGGAGGGGUAGGCAAGAUCUUGACACCGCUCUCAAAAUCCAGACCAGUGGUUAAUGAAGAAAUGACUGAUAAUGUCAUUUCAAAAACAUCUUUAACCAAGUAACCUUCUUCCAGACAGAACUCUGCCCUUUUUCUUCUUGUGUCUGAUGAUGUUUUAUUGUCGAUAACAUCUCCUUUAUUCUCUUUGCCACAGGCAGAGCAGUCAGGGUCCAACGAAGUUCAGACUAUAGGGAAGACCUCAGCUCUUCCCAUCUACACUCAGGAGGAGGUCACCAGUCACCGCUCCAUAGAAGAUGGUGUGUGGGUCACUUACAAAGGUGGUGUCUACGACAUCACUGAGUUUGUGGCCAUGCAUCCUGGUGGGGAUAGAAUCAUGCUGGCGGCAGGAGGAGCUCUUGAACCCUUUUGGUCGCUGUAUGCCGUACACAACCAGGAACAUGUGCUGGAAAUCCUCUCAGAGUAUAAGGUGACUGACCUCUCAGGGGUCGAUCAUUUAAAUGAGGUUAAAAAAAUAGUUAGGGAUAAGUUUUACUUUGGGUUUAGCCACAAGUAAGGUUGGACACACAGCAGUGGCCUCUGAAUCCUUUGGUGAGAAAAACAAAUUCAACAAAGAAAAACUGUAGAAAACAGAUCUGCAGUCUCUGCAGAUUAGCAGUGGUCAGAAAGAGUCUAUCAAACAAGGACUUCAUCCCAAAUCCCUCUCACAAGGGUUAUAUUAAGGAUUAUAUUAUGCAGAUAACACCAGAGUCGAUAUUAGGUGUAGAUGUUGGCAUUUGGAACAUCCUGUAGACUUAAGUCUGUGUUUUUGAAACAUGCCUAAAUCUCCUUAAAAAAAUAAGUCUGACUAAGAAAUAAAAUGAAAAAUUGAUUAUGUAAAAACUCCCAAACUUAAAAAAAAAAAAAUAGCAAAAAUUGAACAAACUUAACCGGGGAUGCCCUCACAGUAUAAUGCCCGCCCAAAGCAUCUGUUGGAUAUUUAAAUCUAAUAAAAAUUUGCUUUUAGAAAAUUUAGAAAAGAAAAAACUAUUAAUUGAGCUUUGAUUUAUCUUAAAAGAACUUGCGAUGUAUUUUGUGUCUGACUCAUCUAAUCUGAAACUGUUGUUCAAAUAAAGGUUGGUGAGCUGAGUUUAGAGGACCAGAAGAAGCAGCAGAAAGUCAAAUCAUCAGAUCCUUUCUCCACCGACCCUCAGCGUCACCCCAUCCUUAGAAUCAACAGCCUCAAACCCUUCAACGCAGAGCCGCCGCCUGAAAUCCUCUCUGACAGCUACAUCACCCCCUCUGCUAUCUUCUUCAAAAGAAACCACCUGCCGGUCCCUCAGGUGGACCCUGAUUCUUAUCAGCUCCAGGUGGAAGGACUCCCUAAAGGGACACUGACGUUAUCUUUAAAAGACUUGAAGACUCGGUUCCCAAAACACACCAUCACAGCCACUCUGCAGUGUGCUGGAAACCGCCGCUCAGAGAUGAACAAAGUGAAGCAGGUGAAAGGACUGAACUGGGGCAUCGCCGCCAUUAGCAACGCCACAUGGAGCGGAGCAAGGCUGAGAGACGUGCUGAUAGCUGCUGGCUACUCUAAGGACGAGGCUAAGUGGGCACGUCAUGUUCAGUUUGAAGGACUGGACAAAGACGUGACUGGGACAACAUAUGGGGCUUCUAUCCCGCUGAACAAAGCUGUUAGCGAGGAAGGUGAUGUGCUCCUUGCUUAUGAAAUGAACGGCGAAGAACUCCCUGCUGACCAUGGCUUUCCUGUCCGUGCUGUAGUACCUGGUACGGUGGGCGCACGUAAUGUCAAAUGGUUGGGAAAGAUCGUUGUGAGUGCCGAGGAAAGCAGCAGCCACUGGCAGCAGAAUGACUACAAGGGCUUCUCACCUGGCACAGACUGGGACUCGGUGGACUUUAAGUCUGCUCCAGCCAUCCAAGAACUUCCAAUUCAGUCCGCCAUCACCACGCCAGCAGACGGGGCGACCGUGGACCGCAGCGCUGAGGAGGUGACAGUGAAGGGUUACGCCUGGAGCGGCGGAGGCAGAGAGGUGGUGCGUGUGGACGUUUCUGUAGACGGAGGGAAGACUUGGCAGGUGGCUCAACUGAGGAGUGGCGACAAAGAACGAGCGCCUGAACCCUCGCCGCCACCGGGACAGGCGUGGGCGUGGAAGCUUUGGGAGGUGACGGCUGCGCUUCCUGCAGAAGCUGAGGAGCUGGAGAUAGUUUGCAAAGCAGUGGACAACAGUUACAACAUGCAGCCUGAUUCAGUUCCUCCCAUCUGGAACCUGCGAGGGGUGCUGAGUAACGCCUGGCACCGAGUGAAGGUGAAGAUCAGAGAGGAUGAGAGCGAGGAAUAGACUCAGAGGUGUGCGCCACAUCGAGAAUCCAAAGGUUGAUCGCUGGCAGAGAAAGGCCAGCGAGAGUGGUAGGUUAAAGGGGUAUUCCAGCGUAAAAUUAAUUCAGGGUCAAACACACCAUAACAUCUCUUAGACACCCUGUCGAGAGAUAAAUGUUGCUGACUGCUUGCUUUAGUAACGACCGCACAAUAGCAAUACACAGUGGUUCCAGGAGUCACACGCUCAAAAAAACUGCUCUAUAGCCACAAAUAGUGAUCAGAACAGCACCUAACUUCAUUAACAGUACAUAGAGACCUCGGUGAGUCCAUCACGACUGCAGCGGUCUUGGUUUGAUUGAAUUUCGAUGAAGAAAUGAUAAAUGUUCUUCCUUGAGCUGCGUCACCCUGCUUCGAUUGUGAUGGACUCGUCCGAGGUCUUCCUACAAACAAGCGGCUGCUGGAAGAAAGUGGGUGAGUAGUGUUUAGUCUUUGCUAAAGAAACCAGGCAAAGAUAAAAAGAUGUUUGGUGGCUAAUGCUAUGGCUAGGACCCUGUAUGUACUGUUGAUGAAGUUAGGUGCUGUUCUGAGCAUUAUUUGUGGCUAUAGAGCGGCUUUUCGGUUGAGCGUGUGACUCCUGGAACCACUGUGUAUUGCUAUUGUACGGUCGUUACUAAAGUUAGUAUAACUAGAGAAGCAAGCGGUCAGCAACAUUCAUCGCUCGACAGGAUGUCUAACUCGGUGUUACGGUGUGUUUGACCCUAAAUUAAACUUUCCGCCGGACUAUCCCUUUAAAUGGAUCGCCCAGCAGGAAUAGAGGUAGAGGGAAAAAAACAGUUUUAUGAUGAACUUUUGAGGUACUACCUGAGCAGGUUUUUAUCCAGGUUUUGAUGCAAUAUGUUGCUUGGGUUAUCCGACAGAUUUUCGGUACUAACUGAGUUAAAAUAAGUGACCAAACCCGAGCAAGAUCUGUAUUUUUUUUAUUGUGACAGUUCUCUUACACCUCAGUCUUAAGGGAAAAUAUGAUUCAGUUCAUUCUGAGUCGUUGUGAUAUGUUAAAGCUAAGAAUCUAUUUUUGUUAUCAGUGUUGACUCUCACAAAGCUGAAGAUGUACGAUAAAUGGAAGGUGUCCUAAUUUAAAGCUUAUUUAAUAAGAUUAAUUCACCUCACUCGGAUGUUGAUGAGAAUUGUGUCAUACUUCUAAAUGAAGACUAUUACCGUUAAACAGAUUGUUUGACUUGCGAGAUAAUAACUGAGAUUUACAAAGACUGGAAUCAACUAUGAAGUUUUCAAACUCUGGGAGCAUUUGUAAAUCUUGAACUGUGGCUUUGUUGCUGAAUAAUAUGAUAUUAUUUCCUUUUAAUCCAUUAACUUGUUUUCUGUUAAUUUCAAGCAUGUUACUGACAAGAUCUAGCUCAAGUUUUCCUCCAGCACACUUUUAACUUGAUCUUCAUCAGGUAUUCUUUAAGGAGGUGACAGCAAAAAGUCAUGUGAAGGGUUUAAGUUUAAUCAUUAACCAAGAGAGUAUUAGUGAAUAUUCACUGUUCAUCUAAAUAUCUCUGUUUGAAUUAUACAGCUUAACCAAAAUAAAACCGUACUCAAGAUGUUCACAGAAA